AUGAAGGUGGUCAUCGAGCACAUUCGCGAAGGCACCGUGCCACAUGAUCUGAUCGAAGAGCUCCUCCGGUCUGGAGUACGGUUUUACGAAGGCUGUCUCAUUGUUCGUGUAGUUGACCACAAGUCUGUAUCUGCGCAGACAAGGAAGACUUCUGCUGCGACCACCAAUGAAAAUAAUGUCCCGUUUUCCCUUCACAACUACAACGAACAUGUCACCCCAUCAGCAUACGUUCCGUAUCCAAAACAAAACCAGCUCACCGCCGACUUGCCCACUUCUAAGCCGGCUGAAUCAACCUCAAGCCAAAUCGAUGGCCAGGUUAAAGGCGAUGGCUCCGAAACUCAAGUCAAAGAGACCGAAAAAAACAGCAAGGAUGCCCCGCUGAAGCCGCGGGUAUUCACCACCGUCCUUCACCCGACGUCUCGCGUGUUACAGGCUGAAUUAACUUUGCUUGUUACUACACCUGACCCCAAAGCCGCGAGCGUAGCAGCACAGAGCCAAUUUUCUCAUACAAAUUCCUCAUUUGCCGUACCUCAAGCAUCAGGUGGUCAGGAUGAACGGGGACACGUUACAAAGCGACAGAAGACUCUUGUUGAGCCGCAAGACCUCCCGGAAUGUGAAGCAUUACUCAUCCGAGCCCUGGCUCCUCCCCUCUAUCUGGACCCCGUGGAUAGUUUCGCGGCAUCACAAGAUUUGUUGAAGUCUAUGGAGAGCCCACUUCACAACGCUCCACCGCCAUCGCCCAAGCGUCGCAAGAGAACUAUCGCCGAGCUCGCUGCAGAUGAAGCCCUUGCGGCCGAAGAGGAGAGGUUUAUGCUCAUUAUGGAUGAGCGCCUCGAGCCCGCCACUUCCGGCGCAGGUGCUGGCUCUAAGGCUGCCGUGGUUGAUGACGCAGCAGGUGUUGCGGCAUUUGAACCACGCUUCUCUCGCUUUAAGACUCUUGAGACUAUACGAAUGCAGCAUGAGGAGAAGGCUAAGCGUGAACACGAGAUCAAGAUGAAGCAAGAGCUGGCGAAGAGACAACAGCAGGAGCAAGAAAAGGAGCGCCGCAAGGCAAUUGAAGCAAGGCAGGCCGAAGAGCACAUCCGAGACGAAGCUCGGAAGCAGCAACUUGCUGCACAACAGGCACAGGCACAGCUUGCUGCCCAGCAAAGUCGCCACGUCAUGGCACAUCCCAACGGAGUCAGUCAGGGGCAACAAUCCUCCCCCGUUAUACGCCAACAAACUCCACUCAACAUGUCCUCGCCGCUAGUUGGUAACAAUAUGGUACCACAAUCCGUCCCGAUGGCGAUGAGUGGAUCUCAGCAAUCCGGAAGCCCGCCCCGACCGCCAUCAUCUCUUCAACAUGCGCAUCCCAACAUGAUGGGCCAUCCAAUGGCACCCUCAAGAAGCCAACAGGGUCCCAGCCGCAAUGGGACACCACAGAUGAUUCAAGGCACGCCGGCCUUGUCGCAUGCCACGCCCAUUAUGCGCAAUGUCACUCCGACUCAAAGGAUGGCUCAGGGCAGUCCAAACCACGCCAACAUCCAGACCCCGAUGAUGAGCCAAGCUGUUAUGGCCAAUACGCCGCAGAUGAAUGGAAACAAUCUUGCAGCACUCAACCCGCACCAGCAGAUGAUGCUUGCACAACGACAGCAGCAGCAGCAGCAGCAGCAGCAACAACAACUUCUUGCUGCGCAAGGACAUAUGGGGGGAAACCCCAAUCAGUUAUCGCAGCAACAAUUCGCUCAAAUGCAGGCCAAUAUUCACGCCCAGCAGAAUAUCCAGUCCCAUCAGCAACAGCAGCAACAGCAGCAGCAGCAACAGCAGCAGCAGGCGCAAAUGAUGCAAGCACAGCAGUCGCAACAGCAGAAUUCUCAGAAUAUGCAAAAGAUUCCUCAGCACAACCAGCAAGCGUAUCAGGCGCAGCUCAUGCGCGCCCAGUUUGCGCAAAUGCAAAUGGUCAAGCAGCAAAAUGGCCAAAUAGCACAAGGCCAAGCAAAUCAGCAUGCUGGCAGCCCGCAAAUGUCUCAGCAGCAGCAGCAACAACAGCAACAGCAACAACAACAGCAGGCGCAGCAACAGCAGCAACAGAUGCUGAUGGCGGCAGCUCAGGCCAACGGUGGACAGAUUCCACCGAACAUGCAGGGUGCUACCAUGGCGCAGCGAUACAACCGACUCUAUCAGCAGCGUUUAUUGAAUCUUCGCCACGAGAUGUCACAGCGGUAUAUGCAACAAUAUGGACCACCGAACCAGUAUCCGCCACAGAUUGCGCAGCAGUAUGGUGCCGGCUUGGAGAAGAAUGCCAAAGCAUGGGUUCAAGAUCUAAUGCGGCGCGAGCGGGAAGCUGCUCAGCAACAUCGGGCAACGCAGGCUGCUAUGCAGGCCCAGCAGAUGCAGCAGCAAAAUAUGAUGCACAAUGGCAUGGGCAACUGA